CAACAUUUUUCCCCCUAGAGGCUUUGACUUUGUGCUUUUGGAAAUAUCUGAAAUCCGGCGUGCCUUGUGUUAAAACCUCAACUAAGACCUGUUCCUGUCUAAGGAUUUUAAUGAGCGUAAGCCCCCAGGAGGAAUAGUUGGAACUCACAGCAACCAAAGUCAGCCCCGUGGGAAACAAAGCUCUCAGGCUGCUCACGGUCACAGCCAUGCAGCCGCUCACCUUGGUCGGUGCUCUUUUUCUCCUGCUCCACAUCUUUUCCAGUAGUGCAGAAGCCCAUAGGCACUACCGACAAGUCCUUACUGGAAACCAAGCAGGUGUGUGUCGCUAUGGCAGGAGACUGGAGUGUUGCUAUGGCUGGAAGAAAAACAGUAGAGGACAGUGUGAGGCUCAAUGUGAGCACGGCUGCAAGCACGGGGAAUGUGUUGGCCCCAACAAAUGCAAGUGUGUCCCAGGAUACACCGGAAAGACGUGUAAUCAAGAUCUGAAUGAGUGCGGCCUGAAACCUCGUCCCUGCGAGCAUCGCUGCAUGAACAGCUACGGAAGUUACAAGUGCUACUGUCUCAAUGGUUACACCUUAAUGCCUGAUGGAUCUUGUGCCAAUUCCAGGACAUGCUCUCUUGCUCACUGUCAGUAUGGCUGUGAAGAAGUUCAGGGGGAGAUUCGCUGCCUCUGCCCAUCGGUGGGGCUACAACUGGGGCAUGAUGAGAGAAAUUGUGUAGAUAUUGAUGAAUGUGUAACUGGGAAGAACCUCUGCCCACACAACAGGCAAUGUGUGAACACCUUUGGCAGCUACUACUGCAAGUGCCAGGAUGGCUACGAUCUGAAAUAUGUUGACGGCAAAUAUGACUGUGUAGACCUGGAUGAGUGUGCAGUCAGCACCCACAAGUGCAGCCACCAUGCUGUCUGUCUGAACACUCAAGGAUCCUACAAGUGCAGGUGCAAGUCUGGCUUCAGAGGCAAUGGCUUUGAAUGCUCCGCCAAGCCGUUUUAUCAGAGGUCGUGGGAUGGAGACAAAGGCAGUGCAGAUGAUUUCCUCAAUGCUAUUCCAGACUCCCAAAUGAGGCCUGGCAUUCUGGGAGGUAAGCUGGGCGGCGAGGACAUCAAAAAUGUUAUCCCAGAACCAGUCGCAACGCCCCCUCCGAGGAGCCGCCAGCAGCCUUUUGACUAUGAUGGAGAGGUCUACAUUGGCACCAGGACUGAGGAGAGACAGGAGGAGGAAUUUCCUCAGGAAGAAGAAGAGGAAGAAGAGGAAGACAACCAGCUCAAUCCAAGAGGAGAUGUUUUCAUAUCAGAGGAGUUUGAAUCAGUGUUUGGUCCUGCCACAGAAGUCAAAGAAAUCCAACUAGCACCCGUUCAGGAAGAGUUUAUCAUGGAUUGCAACUUUGAUCAGGGAGCCUGUGAGUGGGUCCAAGACAAGGCUGAUGACAUGGACUGGAGUGUAGCCUACCAUGAUGAUGGUGCUGAGUACUACAUGGCCAUGAGUGGGCUCAUAGGGGAGCAGGAGGAUGUAGCCAAGCUGAAGUUGCUUCUCAGUGACCGGGCCCAGCAGGUCAGCUUCUGUCUCACCUUUGACUACCGUGUGGUGGGCCAUAAUGUGGGAACUCUCAGGGUGCUGCUGGAUAACAAUGCUUACCCAGUAUGGGAGCAGAGCCAAAGCAGAGACCAGGGCUGGCAGACAGAGCUCCUCACUGUGGCCUGGAAAGAAGAGGCCCCAGUAUCUAUUGUCUUUGAAGCGCAGCGUGGGAAAGGUGUUGGAGGGGAGAUUGGGUUGAACAAUGUUGUGCUGACCUCAGGGCCCUGUCAAGAGGAUGUCAGUCCAGUCUUUUAAGAAACUCCACCCAGGAUUUCCAACUUGAAAAUCAGCUCCAAUUGAAACUGGGACUUUCUCUGUGUUUAACUCAUGGCUUAGCCACAGGACAGCCACAUAAAGAUGCAGACACAGGUCUCCAGGAAAGAUUAUGUACAUUCAGAGCAUGCAUGUUUACGUUAUGACCAUGCUGCUACAUCAAUACAUCCUACUACAUUCUCUACCAUUUUCUUUUACAAUACAAAUAACUCAGAUCUCAGGAAUAGGUGGAAAUGCUAACUUUGUCUGUUAAUUAGGUUUGACAGUAUUGUGUGUAGUCCUUUGCUGUGCUUGUGAUAGUACAUUGCUGAAGUUAUCUGAAAAUAAUCUGACAUGUAAUGUGAAUUCUUAGGUGAAUUAUAUCUGAUAUUCAAUCUUAGAUGAAUAACUUUUGAAGGCUAUUUUGCAUGAUAAAAUGUAUCAGUGCAUAACUGCUGUGAAUUUCGCUUUCAUAUUAUACUGUACUAUUACAUUAAAUCGGUUUGUUUUUUUCUAA